AUGGUACUGUUGAUCGGUCGUGUUCACGCUCAGUUCAACGGAUGUCCAAACGGACCUAAUGGUCCAGGCGGAUGUCCUAAUGGACCGAACGGCAUGGGUGGGCCUGGUCCUAUGGGGCCGGGCGGGCCCAACGGCUUUGGUGGAAUGCCAAUGGGCCCAGGCGGAAUGGGACCGGGCGGAUUCGGCGGUAUGGGUGGCGGCCAGGGAAUGGGGCCGAUGGGACCAAUGGGUGGCAUGAACGGCAUGGGUCCUAUGGGAGGCAUGGGCGGUGGUCCAAUGGGGUAUGGCUCGAAUUGUUGUCAGAAUGGCGUAGGACCUUGUUGUUUGCCAAUGGUGGGACCAAUGGGCAUGGGUGGUGGUUACGGUGGCGGUUACGGUGGAAUGGGACCAAUGGGAGGUAUGAAUGGAAUGAAUGGUCCCAACGACGGCGGUUUCAUGGGCCCCAGCAACGGAUUCGAGAACGGCCCUUACGGUGGAUUUGGAAAUGGAAAGAAAAAGUAAAUUUUGAUUUUUUCAAAAUUACUAUUCUUUUUUAUUUAAAAUUAUUUCUUUUUUUUCAAUAUUACGUUUGCGUAUUAAUCGUGUUACUUUAGGUUGUUCGAAAAGCUAUAA